AUGCUAUGGCAGCACCCGACGAACUACACAUAUCAGACCCACCUGGAAUCCGGUAGCGACAAAAAGUGGUCUAAGGCAUUUCCACCCAUCGCGAUCCUUAACGUUCAUACACGCACCCUCGGCCCCAACCACAACAAUGCCAUCGAGGCACGCAUCGACGAUAUCUUGCUCCCAGAGAUGGAGGAUGAUGCCGUGAGAAUCGCACAGCCCGUAUACCCGCCCAACCCCCGCCAGUGGCGUCUCUGCAUGGAAGAAGACGCCAUAAACUGGUUCCAUACCGAGAUCUCGAACCCCGUUCUGGCUCUCUUCACCACCUACCCGAACUUGCUGCAGGCCUCCCACGACAAGCCCAUCGACCUCGAGGUGUCGCACAACGAGACAGUUGACAUAGGCUAUUCCGUGUCUCUGGUGGGCCAGCCGGCAAACCGACGCCACCUUGUCAUCGGCGAGUUCAAGAGGUGCCUCAUUACGGCCGCCCAGUGGCAGGCCGGCAGGCUCACGGGCGCCCAGCGCAACUUCUCGCAGGAGCUUAGAGGCCGAUCCAGGCCACUCACAUGGGUUGCUGAUUUUCCCGAACCCUGCGACAACAGAUAUGCCUACAAAUAUGCCUGCCCUCAGAUCCUGAGCUUUGACGGUGAGACUCUACUCAUGCUCCAGUUCCGCGCCGCGAAAGUUGCCGAUAUCAAGGACGCCAACUGCCCCGUCGACUGCUGGGUCAUCCCCCGUGCCAACGUUGGCGGCACCCCGCUCCGCUACGCCCUCUACCGCUUCCUAGUCCAGGGCUUCCGCCGCUGCCAGGGAUGCACCGCUAACCCAGGCCUGCAGCUCAACGACGUGACCGCGCACCGCCGUUAUUUCUUCAACGGCGUGCCUGUGUGGAAGAUUAACGGCACGGAGACGGACAGGCCGUGGGGGUACCAGCGUCGGCUGCACUGUGACUCUGGUGCGUUUUACUGGGCCGAUAGUUCCGGGAACGCAUUGAUGGACGAUAAUGGCGCCAUUGUGUGGGAUACCUUGGCCUAUUGGAGCGCCUAG